GGGUCGCGUAUCGAGGGUAGCUUUGACUUUUGCCAUAUGAGGAGUCGGUCUCGGUGGCGGUGUGCGGCGGAGAAAGACGUCGUCUUCUCAAUCUCAUCUGAAACAGAAUAUUCUUCCGAAUCUAAUCCUUCUCUCUGUUCCUCUUCCCAAUUUCUAAGGCUCUGUUUCUUCCUUCUUUUUCAAUCCUUUGAUUCGAUCUUGCCCUAACUUUCCCAUCUCCAUCUCCCUCAUCUUCAUCUUUCGCCGAUUCUCCCCUUUCCGUCUUCUCAUCCAACCUCAAAAAAUCACCUUCCCUACAAGAUUUUCAAUCCCAUCCACAACAGGGCAAAACCACCACUUGGGCUUCAAUCGGAUUCUCUUUUUUCCUCUCUAAUCAUGGCUUCCACUGAUGUUCUUAAACGAGAAGCGAAUCCUUUCCCUUUUUCCCUUCCUAACGAUCCACUCAAUGGUGAUACGGAUUCUCGGGGUAUGUCAAUCGAGAAGAAGAUAGAAUUCUUGGAGAGCUUGACUGGGAAGGUUACCAAUAGGAAGUCCCGCAGAUGGUUAAACGAUCGUCUUUUGAUGGAGCUUGUUCCUCGCUUGAAUGCUGAAGAAAUUAGAGGGCUGUUUGCUCCACCACCUUGGGGUGAUGAUGUACGGCCCACAACAUUCUCCAUGACUAAUGCAGAAGACUGGGACAAGUUCAGGAGUAUUGACAUGGAUAAAGAGGCUAAGAUCAUUGGAGUCUUCGAGAACUCAUCUUCUAAGAGAAAGGGUCAUAUUGAUGCAGAUAAAAUGGCUUUCUUGAAUGCCUGGCGUAGAAUUGAAUGUCGAACAAGGGAGGCUCUUCGCCGUAGUUUUCGUGCGGAGCUUGUUGAAGGUUAUGAGGAGAGCAUAAGAUCAUUUAUUUCAGACACUUGUAAAGAAGAUGUCUUAAUCAUGCGAGUUCAAGAUCCAUUCCACAGAUUAUUGCUACAUGGAGUUUGUGAGGUCGAUGCUUUCACCGAUUCGGCGUUCAAGGGAAAUCCAACUGCUGUUUGUCUUUUGGAGAAUGAAAGGGAUGAGACAUGGCUCCAAGAUUUGGCGGCUGAGUUCAAUAUCUCCGAAACCUGUUAUUUGAUUCGCAUAAACGAUGAAGAGGGGACUGGUGAUUCGCUCAAGCCCCCCAUGUUUAGCCUUAGAUGGUUCACUACUGUUGCUGAGGUAAAGCUUUGUGGUCAUGCAACAUUGGCAGCUGCACACAUACUUUUCUCAACUGGUUUAGUAAAUUCAAACAUGAUUGAGUUUUCCACACGUUCAGGAAUUCUAACUGCUAAAAAGGUUCCAGAUGUCAAGCAACUUGAGUUUUCAAAUGUUCAUAAUAAUGGUAAAUCACAAGAUAGUUGCUUUAUUGAAUUGGAUUUUCCAGCUAUCCGGACGCUAGAACUCAAUUCUGCUGCUGAUGUUUCUUUAAUCUCCAAAGUCUUGAAUGUUUCUUCUAUAGUUGACAUAAAGAUGUGUAACGUCGAUUUCAGUGAUCUAUUGGUUGUUCUUCCUUCAGAAAAAGACGUAGUAGAUUUUCAACCUAACAUUGAUGAGAUUAGAAAGUUACCCGGAAAUGGAGGGGUAAUCAUAACUGGAGCAUCCCCUGCUGAGUCGAAAUUUGAUUUUUAUAGUCGUUAUUUCUGUCCCAACUUUGGGAUCAACGAGGAUCCUGUAACUGGUAGUGCACAUUGUGCUUUGGCGGUCUACUGGGCCAAAAAGUUGGGCAAAUCUGAUUUUGUUGCUUAUAUGGCAUCACCUAGAAGUGGAGUAUUGUACGUCCAUCUGGAUGAGCAGAAACAAAGGGUUCUACUGCGAGGGAAAGCCAUUACUACGAUGGAAGGUGUUGUAUUGGUUUGAAAUUUCAUUUUCAACCAUUGUUCAAUCCUCUCUCUCCCACUUUCUUCUUCUUCUUCUUCUUCUUCUUUUUUUUUUUUUUUUUUUUUUUUUUUUUAAUAAUAAUAACCUUAUUAAGUGCUAUUGAAUGGUUAUUCUCAUCCAGCACAUGACUUUAUUUAGCCCUUGGAUUUGCAUUUGAAAUUUAGAUGUUAUCUUUUGUGAUGUUGUAAUAUGGAAUUAAAGCAACUUUGGUACCAAAAUGCUAAGAAACUUGUAGGAUCUAAGGACCAUGUUUAAGGAUAAAGCUCAAAAGAACUCAACUUGAAAAGUCUUGUAAUAUAAGAACUCAACUCGAACAGCUGUAAAAUCUCUAGAUUACACAAAACUUGAAACUAUCA